UAGUUUAUGUUUGUAUUUCAUUCAUAAUUUCUGUCUAUACAGAAGGUGCUUUUUCACGUUAAGUGUUGUUCUCAUUUGAUUUUUGAACUGGAGAAAGUGCAAUUGUCUAGCGGAAUAUUUGAAAUUGUUACAUGAUUGUAACCAGUGGCAACAGAACACAAUAAAAAAGAAAAAGGGGAAUUAAAAACAGAAGUCUGUGUAUUGAUCCGACUGGGAGAAAAUUAAUCUUAAAGAAAGAAAAAACAGCAAUGCCAAAAAACUUGGAUGUCUUCCAAAUGCAGAAUUGGAGUAUGUUACACUGAGGCAUGAAAAAAACAACAAAGGAAUUAAUGUGAUUUAAAUGUGAAGCAUCAUUGUUUAGGAUUUAAAAUUUUUGUCAGAUGCCAAGAGGUUUCUUCAAGUAUCUUUGUAAGAGGAAUCAAGAGAAAUUGUGGGAGAUUUGUAUAUCCUUUAGGGUGAAAUGAUAUAUUUUGUGACAUUUAAAGAAAUGUCUUAAUAAGAGAGUGUAGGAGAUAUAUCACUUACCAGGCGGGCUCAGAUGUGAUAUCGCUUGAAAUAACGAGCAUUUUAUGAAAAACCAAUCAUUUGUAGGGAAUGGAUUAUAUUAAAACCAAGUCACAGGAACCAAGUUUAUGAGAGAAUAUAAAGGACCGUAGAAUUGGAAACAGUGUCAUUGAUUGUUGAAAUGAGCCGUAAAAUGUUUUAAAAAUUGGAUUCUGAAAUAACAAAGUUCAUUUUUUCAUCAUGAUAAAUUGGCAUUGAAUUAGGAAAGUAAGAUUUGUAACUGUCUUAAGUGAGAAGCCUUGAUUGUGAUAAUGUUGAGGUAUUAAAGCUUUGUUUGACAUUUUAAUUAUAAAAGUUUUCACUCGAUCAACAGCGUGUGAGAAGGUCGGGAGGAAAACGGAAGGAAAAGGGAGAAAUUCGAGAUUUUAUUGGAGGAUAAUUAUAUGUUUGAGGAAAGAUUACGUCUAUUUUCGGUAUAGCUAAUAUUUUUCUGCUGCAGUGAGCUAUGUGUGGUAUUGAUGUAUUGGUCGAGACCAGUUGGGAGCUUGCUUAGUCACUCCAUCUCCAUUCAUUCGGUUUAAUGAAGUACGUUUGAACAUAUCGAUUAAAACCAGUAACAUACUAAAAUACAUCUUUGGCUCAAUUAUUUAAGAAGUUUGGUAUAUCGAGUUUAUAAGUGCAUCGUUAUCACAGGCUGGUAACAUUCAAUUAUUUAUGCAAGGGGAUUAUCUGUGUUUUUAUUGAUUGGAGCUUUAUUUCGUGAGAUCAAUAGGUCUGAGGAGUUUUUUUGUAAUGAAUGGCGUAAAAAAUUAUGAGAAUGAUAGACAAGAAUUGUUCAGUGAAUUUAUUUCAGAUGAAAUAUAGCUGUCAGUUUAGAAUGAGGAGAAAAUUAGUUUUCAUAAUCUCGUAAAUUACUCUUGAGAAAACAGGGGAGAAAUAAUUGGGAAAAAUGACUCAGUGUCUAUUGAAAGAGAAGCGUUUUUACUGUAGAGAAUGGGCCUUCAGCAAAGUUAACCACUGUCUGGAAAAUAGGCCAACGGCUAAAACAUGUGGGGCCCUUAUAAUGGGCGGUCCCGGAUGCGGCAAGACGGCUCUCUGCUGUGAACUUGUCUGGCCGACAGCAGACGGGAAGCAGAUUCUCUUAAACAGACGACUCUUGGCAUAUCACUUCUGCCAAGCACAUGAUGUUGAGACAUUGUCUAUGACAGCUUUUAUAAAGAACUUAGUUAAACAAUUGAUCUGCUCAGAUUUAAUAGCUGGAUACUCAGAUCUUGUGAAAGCUCCAGAUGUUCAAAAGUUGCUGAAUUCUAGCGAGUGCGAGACAAGCUGUGAUGAGGUAUUUAAACGUGCAAUAGUUAAUCCUUUGUCCACAAUAGAACCCCCAGAGAAAACUUUAUUCAUUUUGGUGGACUCCAUUGAUGAAUCUUACUUACAUUCUGUAAAUGAACGAGAAGAAGGGAGUAAGACAAUAGCUGAAAUGAUAGCCAAACACCACUCAUUAAUUCCAAAAUGGCUACUUUUAGUAUGCUCCUCACGUAAACAGAACAAAGCUAUAACUCGGAUGUUUACUGGUUUCCGUAAAAUAAGUCUUGAUGAUCUACGGAAGUCACACGUAGUUCGCGAUGUCCAACAAUAUAUUUUGAGUCGUCUUGACCGAGAGGAAGAGCUCCGACAACAUUUAAGUCGUGAAACUGCUGAAAUGUUGAAUCAAUUACAUAUUAAGAGUAAUGGAUGUUUUUUGUACCUGGAAAAAGUAUUAGACGGAGUUGGUGAAAAUUUUAUUAUGUUGCGUGAAAUAAGAGAAAUUCCUGGAACUCUGAAUGGUCUUUAUUUAUGGCUAUGUCAGAGAUUGUUUAUAAGAAAACAGUUCUCAAAAGUUCAAGCAAUUCUUGAGGUGAUUUUAGCAUCACGAAAACCACUAACUGAUUUAGAAUUAUAUGGCUGUGCUCAAAUUAAAAACACAUUGCUCUCCAAGGAGGAAUUUGAAAAACACUUAAAAUUACUUUCCAAAAUUUUAAUUACAAGUGCAGAUGGCUGUAGAAUAUUAUUUCACCAUAGUUUCGCAGAAUGGUUAUUAGACGUUAAGCAUUGCACGCAGAAGUAUCUGUGUAAUGCAUCAGAAGGCCACGGGAUGUUGUGUCUUUACGCCACAUUACACGCGUCACGGCUUACGCCAGCUGAAGUUCAGGAUUUUGCAUCUCACCUUGUGAGAAGUAGUUUCCACUCAACAAUAGAUCAUAACCACUUAGUACAGUGGUUGUUAAUUUCUGGAGCAGACGUGGAAAAAUGUUUAAAUGCUGGAAUACCGAAAGAACAGAAAGUUUUAAAGUUAUUAUUGGACGCUGGAGCAGAAAUGCCAUGUGAGGAAGAAAGUGAUGCUGCCAGUAUGAAAGAGAGUCUUACAAUAGAGUCUCAAAUAGAAUCUCCGAAACUAAGUGACCGCGAAAUAGACGAAAGAAUAGAUCAUGUUGAUGCAAAUGGACGUACAUUAUUACACACUUCUUCAUAUCAGGGUAACUUACAUUUAGUGCAAUUAUUGUUAUUGAAAGGUGCGAACAUUGAAGCUUUGGAUAAAUCGCGGCAGACACCUUUAAAUUUAGCGGCAAAACAGGGUUUCGCUGAGGUCGUUUCUGCCUUAGUUGAAGUCGGUGCUAAUGUUGACAAUGCUGAUGAAGAUGGUUGGACAGCUCUUAGGUCAGCAGCAUGGGGCGGACAUACAGAAGUAGUGUCUGUUCUCCUGUCUGCUGGAGCAUCUGUAGACAAUGCUGACAUUGAUCAAAGGACAGCACUACGUGCAGCAGCAUGGGGUGGCCAUGAAGAAAUUGUUGUAAAAUUGUUAGAAAGUAAUGCUGACGUAAACAAAGCUGAUAAUGAAGGAAGGACUGCUUUAAUAGCAGCAGCUUAUAUGGGUCAUACAGAAAUUGUGGAACAUUUACUGGAUUAUAAAGCAAAUAUUGACCACGAAGAUUGUGAUGGAAGAACGGCUCUCUCUGUUGCUGCAUUGUGUAUUCCAGCAAGCAAAGGGCAUGAAAAUGUUGUCAGUUUGCUUCUAGAGCGUGGGGCAGAAGUCAACCAUCAAGAUAAAGAUGGAAUGACCCCACUUCUUGUGGCAGCCUAUGAGGGGCAUCAGGAAGUUUGUGAAAUGCUUUUAGAAUGGGAUGCAGACGUUGAUCACUGUGACAAGAACGGAAGAACGCCGUUACUGGCUGCUGCUUCAAUGGGACAUGAGAAAAUUGUCACCCAGCUUUUGUUCUGGGGUUCUGCUGUGGAUACAAUAGAUUCUGAGGGUAGAACUGUACUGAGUAUUGCGUCUGCUCAGGGAAAUUUGGCAAUUGUCCAACAAUUGUUAGAUAGAGGCCUUGACGAGAUGCACAGGGACAACUCGGGCAUGACACCAUUACAUAUGUCAGCAUACGAAGGCAACAAAGAGGUUUCACUAACCCUGAUAGAACAUCUAGCAAAAGUCUGUGAGAUAGACAAUGAUGGUCGUAUUCCAUUACAUUUGGCUGCGCAAGAAGGACAUUUACCCGUAGUCAAAAUUCUUGUGGAACACAACUCUUCCGUCGAUAAAAAGUCACAUGAUGGGAAGACGGCAUUGAGGGGAGCUGCUAUUGAAGGAUACAAAGAUUGUGUUGACUAUUUACAUAGUGUUGGAGCUGAUAUAGAUUACAGAGACGCAGAUGGCCGCUCAACUCUGUAUGUGUUAGCGUUAGAAAAUAAGUUUGAAGUUGCUGGCUUACUUUUAGAAAAAAGGAAAGCAAAGGUUAAGAUUGGUAAGUCAUGGAAGGACCGUAGUGUGCGCUGCAUGUGGCGGCAUGGCAGGGACAUUAUGAAGUAG